AGCGGAUCUCAAAGCAGUAGCGAGCAGUUGCGAAAAGAUAUUUCAUUCAGGAAGAUCACUUUUUGAUGCGGGCUCGGACUACACUGCCCGACGAUCUUGUCCGGACUUUAUGGCCGGAAAAUCCUUCCUGAUCGCUUUCGCUGUAUGGAAUGGUGCCGAAUGUAUGCUCUGAGGUUUGUAUUGUGUGCAGUGCUUCUGCGACUCGGACUUACCGGCACAAUGCCGGACUCCGGACUGGACAAUCCGGAUUCGAUAUCGGGAACACGGCACAAACUGCAAGAAUUGCUCAAAUCUUUAGAAGCCUAUACGACAGAAAUGCAGCCAGUUGUGUCAUCAGUGAAGCAAAACUUUUCUUCUUACCCUGUGACUCCAUUAUCAAAGGUGCCAGAACUGAAAGACAGAAAACAAGAAGUCGAGGACACUGAAAAUCUGUUUCCUGAAUCUGCUGCCGUUAAGUCUUACCAGGACUUUUACAGGAUUUUCUACGGCACUCAGGAAGGAGUGAAUCUUCUUCGAAAGAAAUAUGGACCUACUGGACUCAAGGAGGCAAGAGCGAAAUUCGGAGGAGUCAAUAGAGACUUAGAUGAUGUGCGUAUGGCUAACGAUCAUUUCCUCAGGAUCCGGAACCGCGCUCGGUGCAGGGCACCCGUUGCGCAGGUAGUGCGAGUGAAAGAUUACUAUCCAGAUCCAUCCAGAGAAUACUUGCCACGAUGUACUCUCCUCCACAGAUGCAGCGACACUUCUGGUUGCUGUGACAGCGACGCAUUCCACUGCGUUCCUAGUGCUAUGCAAGAAGUCACACUACAUUUUUAUACGCUGGCUGUUGGGAAGAACGGUCUCUCUGACAGUAGUAUUGAAAAAUUGUUAUUCGUCAAUCAUACUGCUUGCCAAUGUCAGCCAAUCAAUGAUUUGCCUAGAAUUCAACAAUAUUCCCCGCUGGACGGAGAAGAACCUGCCUACAAAACAAAAUGUCGCGAAUGCCCGGUACCAUUCACUAGCCGUAUCUAUAAAGAUGGAAGAUGUGGUUGCGAUUGUUUCGAUCGUCAGAAGCCAUGCCUCAGAAUCAAGAGGGGCCGGGAGCCAUUGUCUGAGAUAGAGAGAAGGUGCGUAGAAGCGAAUCAUUGUCACAUUCCGGAUUGUGAAUAUGGCCUCUACAGUCACAGAACAGGAUACUGUCCAAAGAGGCAUGAUGAAGAUCAAAGACCAACCCACCGUCGUCACCACCAACCUUCAUCAAAUCAGAGAUGGGCAUUUUUAGAGAGAGACUAAAUAAAAUAUUUUAUUAGAGCCAUUCUUAUGAAUUUUACAUCAAGUGCAUUAGGUACGUUCUGCAAAAUACGUACUUUCUUUUACAUGAUGCAGAAAAAUAAAUUUCACUCUACAGCCUCAUAUAUUUCGAUGUUGUGCCAAAAAGAAAAUGAAAAGUACGUAAUUCGUCUCAUUGCGUCUGCUACCAUUGUGACAGUUAACAUAUAACAUCAUUUUCUUACUUUUGCGAAAGCGCUGGAACUUCGAAUAAGUUUUUUGUGUAAAAUUUAGAUAUGUGCUUAUAGAGCGAAAAACUGGGAAACUCGGAAGAUAUUUUUAUUGCCUAUCAGGAAACAACAUUGGACAAUUACGCUGUUACGAUGAUCAAGUAGAAUCAGUCUGUUAUGAUGAUCGUGGCUUCGUGGAAAUUUAAUAGAAACUGCUUAUACUUCGAAUAUCAUUAUGAUUUUCGGUAUUUAGUUAUGAUACUUUUUAUUUUAUAAAAUUAUACCAAAAAGUAAAGUCUUAAAUUAAUAUUUUGUUACGGUUGAUAAGCUACUUAUGAUUAUAUUUCACCAUAACAAGCAUUCAUGAGAAGAUAAGUUAUUUGACAAAAAGGCCAUCAAUUGGCUGUUUGCAUCUACCUCCAUGCAUGUGAUCUACUUUAAAAGAGUAAAACUGAUCACAUCUGAAAAUCAAUUGCCUUAAAUAUUUGCCUAAAUUAUAUGAAAAAAUAUAGUUGUCAGUUAAAGAUAUUUUUCAAAACUAAAAUAGGAAUUCAGUGUUACGCAGCCUAAGUUUAAUUAGCAGUUAUUUUGCUACUCCUUAACCUAUAAACGAAUAUUUUUUAAGCAAACCUCCAAUUUAGCAAUCACGAUUCCAUGUGCAAAUUCCAUUUACAAAUAGUUGUGCAAUAUUUAUUAUUAACCAUAUCUUCUUAUAAUAAUGCAGCUGAUAUGUUCUGCUUUAUAAUUUUUAAAAAUACUUUCACAUAUUUUGAUGUCAUGUUAGGUGUUCAUCAAGCAGCUAUAUUGUAAAUUUAUUAUAAGUGAUUUUAAAAUAUUUCUUUCUGUUCAUAAAUAGCAUUAAUUUUUAUUGCAAGUACAAACCGUUAUGAUUUGAAAGUCCAACAAAUUGUGCUAGUUUUUGUUGUUGUAGCUAAAACCUUCAAAAUUACUGCAUUAUGUCGUCGCACUUUUACGUACAAACAUCUACUUCCGUUCAGAAAUGAACUAAAAAACUGUCUACUACUGGCAGUGUGAUGGGUUAAGUUCUCUUCUAACUGUUCAAAUAUUAGUAACAAAACUUUUGUACUCUUCAACUUUCAACAAAGUAUUUUCAGAAUGUUUUAAAGUGUCAUUUAGCAUCUUCAACAAGCUUUUUGAACAAGCAUUAACAGGUUUUUCUAAUAUUGUGCUUACGUUGACCGCUUCAGAUUUUUUUAGUGAUCAACCUCUUACUUUAAGGUGCCCCAUGAAGGGACCAGUAUCUGAAUUAUUCAAUUUUGUAUGUAUACCGUUAGGCCUGAAUUCAUGUGACUUUUAUCAAGUUACGAACUUGAUGUCCUGCAUGAAAACUGAAUUUUACGGUGUGCAAAUAUUAAGAACCUUGUACUGAACUGCUAUUUUUUUAGAAAUAAUAAAGAUGUAUUACCUGUUACAAA